GGGAAUCCCAUACAAGUCACUUCCCAAAACCAUACAGCACGGAUCUGUUCUGCAGUGUGCUGUCAAUUUAUCAGCAGCCAACAAAGAGGGACUUCCAACCAGCAUGGACCUAUUAUCUGCCCUCAGUCUAGAGGACUUGACUGCCUCCUUUGCCAAACUGCCAGUCUUCCCCGCGUUUGAUGUGGCUUAUUAUAUCAUCUCUAUCCUAUACUUGAAGUAUGAACCAGGUGCUGUAGAGCUUUCCCGUCGCAACCCAGUGGCCUCAUGGCUCUGUGCAAUGCUCUACUGCUUUGGAAGCUACAUUCUUGCAGAUGUCCUCCUGGGCGAGUCCCCUAUUCACUACUUCAGCAAUAAUGCCAAUAUAGUCUUGGCAUCUUCCAUUUGGUAUCUGGUGUUUUUCUGCCCCCUGAAUCUUUUUUACAAGUGUGUCAGUUUCUUGCCUGUGAAACUCAUCUUUGUUGGUAUGAAAGAAGUUGUCCGGGUUCGCAAGAUUGCUGUAGGAAUCCAUCAUGCUCAUCACCAUUACCAUCACGGAUAUGUUAUCAUGGUACUGGUUGGAUGGGUAAAAGGUUCUGGAGUUGCUCUGAUGUCUAACCUGGAACAACUUCUGCGUGGUGUCUGGAAGCCAGAAACAAAUGAGAUCCUACAUAUGUCAUUUCCAACCAAGGCCAGUCUGUACGGAGCUAUCCUGUUCACCCUGCAGCAGUCCCACUGGCUGCCAAUCUCUAAAGCCAACCUCAUCUUUUUCUUCACAAUCUUCAUGGCUGCUUGUAAGAUCUUUAUGACAGCCACUCACUCUCACAGCUCUCCCUUUGAUCCUCUGGAGGCCUUCAUCUGCCCUUUCCUGUUCGGAACUCCAAGCAGUAAACAUGACGAUCAUGGUGAUCACCAUCAUCACCAUGAUGACCAUGACUCUUCCCACUCUGCUGUAAAGUCAAAGGAAGACCUGAGUGAGGGAACUCGCAAAAGAAAAGUGAAGAAAGCAGAGUAAGGAAUGGCGGUCACCACAAAUCCAUCAACAAAUCAAAUUCAAUACAUCAGUGUUAAAACAGACAAUUCCCAAGAUUUCAAUGUCUUUUUAAUCCAACUCAUAUGGAAACAGAUGUCAUCAGAACAGAACUCAUGAUAUAACCCCUGAACUAAGGGGAUACCCUUGUUCUAGAGAUCCAUCGAUGUUUGGUUUUCUAUAAUUGUCACUAAUCUGCCUCAGUUUUUAUCGGGAGAAUAUUUUAAUAUCUCUUGAGGUCAAAUUUAAUGAUUGUGUUAGUCAUUGAAGCAAAACGUUAUUCAAUACUACAAAUCUUUCUGAGAUUUCUACCCAAUGGCCAACAGUAUCUCAGGGUUUUAUAAUAAAAAAA